UUUUUUUUUUAAAUUUGACCUGUCUAAUUAUUUCAUUUGUCAUUAAGCUUAAAAUGUUUUAUUCUAAUUUAAAAUUCGUAAUUGUUUUAAUACUUACUUAAAUUUGUUUAUAGUAUUAUACUUUAUAAAUUGUAGUCGGAAAAUUAUUAUUUUUCCUUUAAAAUAUAAUUUAUACAAAAAUUACUAAUUAUUUAUGGGUAUUUUUUUAGGGAAAGUAGAGCAUAAUGUUAAUUCAAAAUUAUCCCUUCAAGAGCUUAAAAUGUUGGAAAAUCAGAAAGCGAGAGUUGAUCAAGUUUAUAUAGAAGGAUUAAGAAAAUCAAAAAAUUCAAUCCUUGAACCAUCAAUAAAACUGAUGUUUACAUCUAAAACAUUUUGCAAUGUUCUAGGAAAUGCAGAAAUAGUACGAAAAAAUUUGAUGAACUUAAGAUGUUUUGAAAAUGUUACUAUAGAUAUAGAUGUAAGUGAAGGGCCAAAAUCUACUCUGAAUGGUUACAAGGUAACUUUCAGAACUCAAGAGCUUAAAUUACUAUCUGGUAUUCAUCAUGUAGAAACUAGUGAUAAUGAAGGUCUAGUUAAAUUUGGCUUCAUUUUAAAUAACUUAACAGGGCAUGCUGAACAUUUCAAACUAGAAACAUCACUUGGCAAUAGUGGUACACAAAGUUUUAAUGGUUGUGUUUUCAAAUUCGUUCCUGGAAAUAUAACAUCAUGCAUUUCCGGUCAAGUUUAUAAGAAAAUAUCCCAUUGGAAUUCUGUGCAUGGUAUUUUUAAUGAGUGGGGAACUCUCUUUGAUGUUUGUUUUUUAGCACCUGUUAAGAAUCAUUUUAGUCAAAACUUACAAUAUGAAGCAAUUAUUCGUGAUAUUAAUAUGCUGUCUAAAGAAAGUCCUUUUAAGUUACGAGAGGAAUCAGGACUAUCCUUAAAGUCAUCGAUCAAACAUUUAACUACUUUAGAUACAAGAGAUUCAAAAGUAUUACCAAAUAAUGGAGUGUUUUGUCAAAUGGUUAUGGAAGUUGCUGGUUUUGGUGGAGAUAUUUCAUUUCUGAGAAAUUAUUUUAUUGGACAAUUUUUUUCAAAAAUAACUAAUGAUGUUGUAUUCCAAGGGUCAUUUGGUGGAGGUUUUAUGACAGACUUAGGAACUUUCAAGAAGCCUAACCUUAUGGACAAAUUUUUCCUUGGUGGUCCUAUGACUCUACGUGGCUUUCAAUCCCGUGGAAUUGGUAGUUUGAGUAAUAAUUCCAUUGCUGGUGUUACGAGUUAUUGGGUAUCAGCUAUUCAUAUUUACAUAAAACCACUUUUGGGUAUGGAAAAUAGUAGAAUAAAUGAUGUAUUCAGACUACACUUAUUUUGUAAUGCUGGAAAUAUAUCAUUCAUAGGAAACGAUGCUAAAAGUUCUAUGAGCAAUUUGUUCAAGGAGUUUAGGUUAGCUGCAGGUGUUGGAAUAGUUGCUCGAAUAGGUAACUCAGCUAGAUUUGAAUUCAAUUUUUGUAACCCUCUACAGUACAUCAAAGGAGACAGAACAGUAAAUGGUUUCCAAUUUGGGGUUGGUGUUCAUUUUAUAUAAAAUGAUAAACAAUGAGAUACCUGAAUCAAAUAAUAACUUAACAUUUUUAUUUUAAUGUGCCAUUGUUUUUAGCAUGUUGGAGAUAUCAGUAUUAUUUUAUUUUGUUAAAACCAAUUUUUGUUUUGUAUUCUUAAUUUCUUUUGGUGUAAUAAUAAUCUAUAUUUUUUUUAGUAAAACAAUUAAACAAAAAAUUAGUUUUUCUUUUAACUGAUUAUAAAGAUAUUGUUAUUUGUUAUAUUAUAUUUUUACAUGUAUAAAAAAAUUCUAUCAGA